UCUUCAUGGUUUUUGUAGAUAUGUAACUUAGCAUUAAAAAUAUUAAAUUGUGAGAAAAUUAAAGUAUCAUUAUUCCUUUGGCUUGAUUAUCAUUACGGGUGACGUCAUUAGUAUGAAUCCCGCUAAAAGUUAGGAAAGUUCCCGCGUAUCUUUUCUGUUCACAUGACAUGUAGCUCGAAAAUGAGAAGUUCAUAAUUACACAGCAAAAUGUGUCUAAUAUUCGUGUCUUUCUGUAAUCAUACAUACAAGAACGAUGUUUUAUUCAGCUAGACCGAUUAGAAUUGAAUAGUUCCUAUACCCUUUGAAGGGAAUGCUAUACCGAUGGAUUUGCGUUUAACUUUUAAUUGUAAUGGAAAAGUGAAUUCGAACGAUUGGGAAAUAAACAGAAAUGGUUUAUUUUUACGCGGGGAAGUGGAGAACGUUUUGUAUCCACGAGACAGGUUUCUAGCAAAGGAGGAUGUACAGCUCUUUAAUUAUACCGUGCCUGCUGCCACAGCUCUGUUAGAUUUGAAACACUUCGUCGCAUGUAUGAACAUGCAACUAAAGAUACUCGGGAGGCAUGAGACUUAUAAUCAGGUUCUCACUUCAAAGACUGACGACGUCGAUUUUUAUAACACAAGAUGUACUGUAUCUGAAUUUAUUUUAUAUGUCAGAAUGUAUUUAAACAGUAUUAAAGGAGAUCUUCAAGAAUUGCAAGCUAUAAAUGAAAAUAUCCAAGAAGAGUUUAGCUCAUUGUUUGUUACAAUCAAACAUUUUCUUGAGAGACUACAUACAAUUCCUAUUGCUACGUUUCAUUAUGCAUCUUCUAAAUUAGGCAAUCAGUGCAAACAAAGGGAAUAUCAUAUGUAUCACAUGCAUAUAGAAUUAAGAUGGUUCUUUAUCUCAUUGAUGUACACGCACAACACGUAUUGCCAAUAUUCGUUUGAAAACCAAUUGAUCGAGUUUGAAAGUUUGCUAGCAGCCAUUAUUAACGAUUUAAUUUAUGUUUCAUUAAAAAUAUUUGAAACGAUGCCUUUGAUACAAGUACAACAGAGAACUCCAUACAAUUGUACCUGCGUUCGCGAGUUGUGGCUCAUGUUACAAAUAUUUAUCGAUAGUUUAUCUGAUAGAAUGAAGUCGAAGAGCUUCUGGGAGUACGUAAAUGAAUGCCUCAACGGACUGUUGAAUGGGAAUCUAUUCAAUAAUCAAAAGGACACUGUGGCAGUGUUUAAAAAUUCGGAAUUAUUCUGCUUGUGGAUGGUGUACAAUCUUUCACUUCUAUAUGGGUACGACAAUGAUGGAUUAUACUUAGGAUCUCAAUGUACAAGGAUCAAGCCUAAUUAUGAACAACUAGAAUGGAUUCUGAAGGUGUACAUCUCUAAAGGCGGAAAGGACGGCGAGCGAGAUGAAAUCGAUCAGGAAUUGCGAAUAAUGAUACCAUUAUUAAAUACUAUUGUUAUUAAUUGGUGGCAGCCACGAGUUUCGAUCAUUUCUCUCCUGUGGGACUGCUUUCAUAAGAGAUUAGAUGAACCAUUCUUAUUACAAACUUUUGGUCCCUGGACAUUAUCUGUUGAGAAGAAAACUGCUUUGGAUAUCCUUAAGCAAGUGAGAGAUAGAAUUAAUAACGCAGAGUGUGGCAAGGAAUCGAGUUAUGGAAUAUUUUUACGUUUGCUCGGAUCUUUUUUACGCGUAAAUUAUAACACUGAUAAGAAACAUUGGAAUCAAAUCAAAGGCCGCAUCUACUCAAAAUUUUCUAAGAGUAAAGUUCAAGAAUUCUCGAUAACUGGCUUGUACAAUUUCAUUUCAUUGUUUCUAACAUUGGCUGUUACUGCUGAUACCGCGAACGUUUGUUCAGUGAUGUUAGAUCUCUUACCACUAACGAAAGAAUAUAAUAAUGAGAAUAGUAAAAAGUAUACUUUAAUUUGGAAAGGGAAAUUGGCCGUUCUCCAGCUAUACGCCGAACUUAGAUUGAACUUGUCAAACAUAGCACCUUCGUACGUAGACACGGUAAAUACUAUAUGUUGCCGCAAAGACGAUACGUCUCAUUUAAUGAUGAGUAGUUUUAUCGAUGUAUUUAAUUCAAUUUUGUCAUCGAGCACCUUCGAAUUGGGUGAACAUUUGUUACUUAGUGGAUGGAUUGAUCGAUAUUUAGUAGAAUGUUCAAACAAGAUUAUUGGAACGUUGACGAAAGUAUUAGUGAAUAUUUUCGAAAGAUGCACUUGUCUUAGUGCAACGUCGAACGGUGCAGAGCAGAUGCUGGACGCAUUGUGGCAUUACGUCGCAUCCAGAGUCAGACAACUUGUUUUUCAUCCAGCUCUCACUACUGAUAAUUAUCGAGACAUUUCAAAACUGGCGGUUUCAUUCACUUUGGAAGCAUUGCGGAAUCCAGCAACAGCAAAGAAGUACAUGCAUUCGGCUAUGUCAUUAUUUCAGCAUUUCGCAUCGUCGGUAAUUGUUAAAGAUAUAAGAAUUACAAGGCAUUAUCUAUUAUUGAUACUUAAAGAGGAACAAGCGGUGAUUAAUUUAAGAAAAGGGCUAAAGAAUUUUGAUACAAUUAUUAUACAAGCUUGGAUAAAAUGUUCCAUCAUCGGUCGCGAUACGAAUGGGAAUGAAAUAAAAGUUUUAGAAGAUUACAUAUUAAAAUUGAAUGAAAUAAUAGAAAUUUUCGACACACCUGGUGAUGUUCAAGAGUUCAUGGAUAGCGACGAGUCCAUUUUAUUAUUCAUAAUGUACUGCAUGAAGAAACGAAAUACGAAAAAUAAACAAGAAAAAAUUCAAUAUGACACAAGGUGGAGGACAUACUUUAGUCACUUAGAGAAAUGGAUUCUUGCUCCAAUUACGGAAGAAACUAAAGACUCGGAAUUAGCUUUCUGGAUCUACAGAUGUAUCGGAACAUUACUUCUUUGUACGUCUGUUAUGAUGUAUUCGAAAAACCAACCGAAUAAUAUCUACAGAACGCUGUUGAAUAAAACGAUAUUAUCAGUGGAACAUUCUUAUUUAAAAAACUUAGCGAAGAAAACGUUUUCUAUGAUAAUCUUAGGGAUGGAACCGCUCAAUGUUAAAAGCGAUAUAUCGCUUCAAGUACUGAUGCGGGAUCUUUUCGAUCAGUACAUGCCGUUAUUAACAAUGCAGACUGUUAAUUUGAGUACUUACAAAGUGUCUGACUCGUUAUUAAAAUGUUUUAAAGACGCAGAAGCGGAUUUUGUACGAUUAAUCUUCGAGAUGUUGACAUCGAACUUUUUUACUUUAUCAACCGACAAUAUGAUGCACAAACAUUCUUAUUUAGUAAUGGUGAUUUUGCAAACCUUACUAAGAGGUGAUAGGAACUAUGCGUGUCACGUAAUAGAAUGCAUUAUUUCGAUUUGUACAUCAUCCGUUAUAGGAUGUUACAUAAAAGUCCAUGAUCAUCAUCCGCAUAGACAGCAGACUGUCGAUUUCAUAAAUAGUGUUAUUCAAAACUCGUAUUAUAAAGAAGAUGAGUCUUUACGGAAUAAGUUUUAUGGUGUCUUAUCUAAUUACCUCCCAAGAGCAUUAAUAAUAAAUCAGCUUGGCACUUUUGAACUUCUACGUUCAAUUUUGCCAGCAGCGAUCGAUGUAGUGCGAUCUUUAUCACCGCAAUUCGAGCGUAGCUUGAAUGAUUUGGAAAAGAAUCGCCGUCCUAACGCGGCAUCCUUCAGAUACUCCUGGAAUCAGCUUCAAACUGUCAUAAGAAAUGGUGCAAAGAAUAAGUGAUUCCAAGCGAUUCACGGCCGCGUGCAAACUAUCCACGUGUCGUUGAAGCACCGCAUUUUGAGCCUCGUAAUCCGAAGUAGCUUUCCUCAAUUGUCUCAACUCCGUCUCGCACGCUACGCGCAUAAAGAUUAUGUAAAUAAUUGAGUAUUAAUACAGUUUUUACACGAUACCAAU